AUGCAUGAAUUAAAUAAUCUGUCACCGUUGACAGUUCUUUUAAGUCCAAUUGUCUCCCAGUGGCGUUACACGCGUUUAGUCGUUACUCAAAUAAACGCAACGAUGUCGGGAGGAUUAGAUAUUUUGGCCCUCAACGAGGAAGAUGUUACCAAAAUGUUGGCGGCAACAACCCAUCUUGGGUCCGAGAAUGUAAACUUUCAGAUGGAAACCUAUGUAUACAAGCGUCGUGCUGAUGGUACCCACGUAAUUAACCUCCGCCGCACUUGGGAAAAACUUGUGUUGGCAGCGCGUGCUGUUGUGGCUAUUGAAAACCCAGCUGAUAUAUUCGUCAUCUCUUCGAGACCUUUCGGUCAACGUGCUGUUCUGAAGUUCGCUGCACAUACUGGAGCCACUCCUAUUGCUGGGAGAUUCACUCCUGGUGCCUUCACUAACCAGAUUCAAGCUGCAUUCAGAGAACCACGUCUUUUGAUUGUAUUAGAUCCUGCUCAAGAUCACCAGCCCAUUACUGAAGCUUCAUAUGUCAACAUUCCAGUUAUUGCUUUUUGCAACACUGACUCUCCCCUCAGAUUUGUUGAUAUUGCCAUUCCAUGCAAUACUAAGUCAUCCCACUCCAUUGGUCUUAUGUGGUGGCUCCUAGCUCGUGAAGUGCUGCGCCUGAGGGGCGCCCUUCCCCGUGAUCAGCGCUGGGAUGUUGUUGUUGACUUGUUCUUCUACAGAGACCCUGAAGAAAGUGAGAAGGAUGAACAACAAGCUAAGGAACAGGCUGUUGUUGCUGCCAAACCUGAGGUACCAGCUCCACCUGUACAUGAGGAUUGGAAUGAGCCUGCUGAGCCUGUUGCAUCGUGGACUGAAGAAGCUGCACCACCACCAGCAGCCCCUGCUGCAUUUGGUGCUGCACCUCCUGCCCAAGAAGAUUGGGCUGCUCAGGUUCAAGAAGAGUGGGGUACAGCUGCCCCAGCCCCUGCUCCAGCAGCAGCCCCGUCGUGGGGAGGUUCUGCCCAGGAUUGGAGUGCUGCG